GAUCGAUCUUGGGUGCCAUUUAUGUCUACAACUUCAGAUCCAAAACGUCCCAAUGCAAUCGUUCAAUAUACACCCCCUGUAAAACAUAUUGAUGAAAUUGAUCCUGAGCUUUAUGGAACAUUUUCACUAAUAUUAAGCUUCGUGGGUUUAAUUUUUAAGAUAAAAUGGUCAUCCUGGGCAGCAUUCAUUUUUGGAAUUAUUUCUAUAACAAAUGAGAGAGCAUCCGAUCAAGAUCCAAAUGCCGGGCGUACCGCUUUUUCUAGUCUUUUGUUUGCUACAUCUGGAUUGGGUAUUAAUUAUUUGUACCUGUUUAUAAGAAUACCUGAUCCAACGAAUCAAUCAGAUAAAUCAUAAAUCUUAAUUUAUUCAGUAUUAUUAUUAAUUUAAUUUAAUAAAAUAAAAUAGAUUUUUUUUUUACAGUAAUUUAUUAAUUUACAUGAAUCACACAAAUUGUAUUUAUCGUUAAAAAAACGAUUUGUUUAUUUUAUUUAUACAG